GAACUCUUCCUGUGUCUCUGGACUUCCUGAACUCUCAUGUUUCCGAGCGGAGCGUGAACGCAGCGCGGUCGGGCUGCAGCAGCAGAAACUGUCUCCAGCCGAACAGGAACCACCGACGCGAGUCCACAGACAGCGGGGCUGCUCCGGUUCCUCUGCGGGGGAGAGGCUGCGGGCACCGGGCCGAUGCUGGUCGUGUCCCCGGCUCGAUGUCCACGGUGAGCGGCGCGGAGGAGCUGGACUUCAGGCUGGUGUUCGAGGAGGACGGCGGGCGCGCGGCCGCGGGUCCAGAUCUCAAUGUGACAGCUCCCUCCUACACUCAGGCUCUGGCCGAGCAGCUCGACAGCCAGGAGCUACAAAGUUUCCCCUACCUGUACAAUGACUACCAGUCUCAGGGACCCCAGUACGGGGCCCUGGGGAACCCCAGAACCUUUGACUGCCCGAGUAUCCAGAUCACCUCCAUCGCACCUAACAAUCAUGUGGAUCCAGGAUGUAACCAGGGAGCUCUUGCUGUGGGCGGGGCGGUGGGGGGUUACCCCGAGGCCUCCUGGUGUAGAGGCCAGCUCUACCUGCCUCUGGACCCCUGCUACCGGGACCCGGCGCUCUGCCCGAGCCCCUGCAGCAGCCUGUCCUCCAGGAGCUGGAUAUCCGACCUCUCCUCCUGCGAGUCCUUCUCCAACAUCUACGACGACGUGGAGGUGGAGCUGCGCGAUGCCGCCCGCCUCGCCCUGGGGUCCCCCCUCAACAUGGUGUCCCCCUUCGGGUCUCCCUUGGGGUCCCCGGGCUGCGGGGGUGGGGCCUUUGGUGUGGAGCUGUGGCAACAAAAAUACCAACAUCCUUCAGCCUUCAGUCCGGCGCUGUCGCCCCAUCAGUCGCCCCCGACAGUCCCCCGACAGUCGCCCCGACAGUCGCCCUGCCACUCCCCUCAAACCAGUGUCACCGAGGAGAGCUGGCUGAACCGCCGGCCCACCUCCAGGCCGUCAUCCAGACCGACGUCCCCCUGUGGGAAGAGACGCCACUCCAGCGCCGACCCCCACGCCCGCUCGCCCUCCCCUCACCACUCCCCCAGCCCGACGCCGGGCCCUCUCCCGCGGGGCAGCGUGACGGACGACACCUGGGCAGGAAGCCCCGCCGGCAGCCUGGGGCCCCUCCUGAUGUCCGGCUACCAGGAGCUGGACGUCCCCUCCAAGACCAGGAGGACGUCGGGGACCCAGCUGGGCCUCCUGGCCGGUCAGGGAGACCCGGGUCUGGAGCCCUUCCUGGACUCUCCCGGGGAGGAGGGACGCGAGCAGGACGGCCUGGCGGAUCUCUUCAUUCAGGUGCCGUCCCACUUCAGCUGGAACAAACCCAAACCUGGGAACCCUCCUCUGUUCAGGACCUCGUCCCCCCCUCCUCUGGACUGGCCUCUGCCCAACCAGUAUGACCAGUGUGAGCUGAAGGUGGAGGUCCAUCCCAGGUCUUACCACAGGGCGCACUAUGAGACGGAGGGCAGCAGAGGGUCCAUUAAGGCGGCUACUGUAGGACAUCCUCUCGUCAAAUUGACGGGGUCCGUCCAGCAGCCGCUCAGCCUGCUGUUGUUCAUCGGCACCGCAGACGACCGCUACCUCCGGCCUCAUCCCUUCUACCAGGUCCACCGCGUGACGGGGAAGACGGUCACCACCACCUGCUGCGAGAAAAUCAUGGGUGGCACCAAAAUCCUGGAGAUCCCUCUGCUUCCAGAAAACAACAUGUCCGCCAGCAUCGACUGUGCCGGCAUCUUGAAGCUGCGUAACGCCGACAUCGAGCUGAAGAAAGGGGAGAUGGACAUCGGGAGGAAGAACACGAGGGUUCGGGUCGUGUUCAGGGUCGCCAUCCCUCAGCAGGACGGAUGGAUGCUGUGGCUGCAGACGACGUCCAACCCGGUGGAGUGCUCCCAGCGCUCGGGCCAGGAGCUUCCUCUGGUGGAGAGCUUCAGUCCAGCCAGCUGCUCCGUGGACGGAGGAGAGGAGCUGCUCAUCACCGGGUCCAACAUCUCAGCACAGUCCAGGGUGGUCUUCAUAGAGAAAGGGCCGGAUGGAAGAUCGUUGUGGGAAAUUGAUGCCAGUGUUGUGUCAGAAAAAAGCAGCGGAUCCAGCAUCGUGGUGGAGGUUCCUCCGUACAACAAGAAGACCACCGAUCCGGUCCAGGUCCAGUUCUACGUCUCAAACGGGAAGAGAAGAAGAAGUCUAACGCAGAGUUUGACCUUCCUGCCCGGAGUCAGACGUCACCUCCCAGCUGCUGCUGGAUUCAAAAAGGAGGAGCGCUGGGAGACGGACCACAUCUCCCACAAUCCAUCUGGCUUCUCCCGAGACCCAGACAUGGUUUAUUACGACACCGUGCAUUGUGGUCCUCCUUCACAGAGCGUGCCUCGUCUUCAUCACCCCCCUGUCCUCCUUCAGAACCCCUCAAUGUUUCCUCACGCCUCCUCUUUGCCCCCCCAGACCUCCUCAGUCCCCCUCCAGAGCUUGAUUCCUCUUCAGACCGGCAUCAUGCCUCCUCAGACCUUCACCGUCCCCCCUCAGACCUCCUCGAUCCCACCCCAGACCUCCUCGGUGCCCCUUCAGACCUCCCCGAUCCCUGGACCUCAGAGGGGAAACCCUCCAUCUCUGAUCUCCAGAAGAGCCUUCGUGACCCCCGCUGACCCCGAGAAGGACCCGCCUCUCUCCAACCCGGGACGGGCGCCGAGCGUCAAGAAGGAGCCGGACGACGGUCCAAAUCUGGGCUCCUUAGGCCACCAGGAGAUCACGCUGGAUGACGUGAACGAGAUAAUCGACAGAGACAUCGGCAGCCUGAGCAGCGUCCAACCCGACCAGUUUGACCAGUUUGACCAGUUCCAUCAGUACGACUGGGAGCACAAGUCGCCGACGGACGCCGCCCCGCCGUUCUGUGGAGGCGCCCCGUAGUCGCACUGCGGCGCUGCCUUCACUUCUUAUUGGACAAAAACAACAAGCGAUCAGGUUCUUUUUUUAAACAAAGAGCACCGAACUGAACCUCAAGUGCCUGAAAACCAGCCGGAGGCCUCCGACGAGUCUCCUCAGGGUUCAACGUCACGUGAUCCUCGUCUGUCUCAGGAAGUUUAGCGGGACUCGUCCCUCACAAACCAAAGAUGUUUCACGACAGAAUUGUAAAAAAACAACCAAAGGGCUGAAAGUCAACGUUUUACGUAAUCAGAACAAUCAGUGACGUCAUCACUAAAAGAAAAUCAUUAUUUAUUGGCCAGUUAAUUAAGAAAUCUAUUUUUGAUACUCUGGAUGUGAUCCAGUAAUAAAGCUAACGAGUCCUUUCAGCCGAUGGCUUUCCCCGCGUAGAGCUCGGUCUGACUCUCGGGACGGUUUACAUUUCUCCCCUCGCUACGCUAACGCCGCUCAGCCUGAACUGUUUGGGUGUGAAGCUGAAGACGCUGAAAUAUAGAAAUGUAUCCUAAAGGUUGAAGUAAAAACAAAAGGAAAUAAUGGCUGUUCUGUGUUCUGAUCAAUGAACAGUGAUGAGUGUGAGCUGUGAUUUCAUGAAAACUAGCUAGCCAUCGUUAGCUAAUAAGACUUAUUCUGCCUCUAGCUCCGCCCACAAAAAUACAUCAUCAUGUUUACUAACAAUAUCUUCUGUUCUGGAUUUUAGAAUCAGCUUCUCUUCUGCUGUUGAGAUAUUGUCACACACAUUUCCAACAGAUCGAUUCAAUUAUGCAACGAAACUUGAUGUUUAGAGGAACUUCUACACACUCAGUGUUUUAUUACAGUAGACGGAGCAAAGCAGUGUCCUGCUGUGGACGUGGGCUGUCAUUUUACUUGCUUCAUUAUUUUAUGUUCUUGUGUAAAGGUGAAUCUGAAGGAACGCCUUUUUAAAUCGGUAUCAUAAACAUUUUAUUGCCAGGUACAUUGACACAUCCAAGGACUUGGAGAUCGGUGUGUCACAGGAUACAAAGUGAAAUAGUAGAAAGACGUCAUUUUGAUUUUAAAGAGAAUUAUGAUAGGAUGAUAAACAAAAACAAUAAGAGUAGGUUAAAAUAAGUCUGUUUAUAAAGUCUUUAGUGUCUAUUUAAACACAAUAACUCGAACAAAAUAACCUUCUGUGCGGUAAUCUGAAUGGAGUUUGGUGUCUUUGUAGAGAGAAUAGAGCAAACUAAGCUAAACUUAAAGGGACAGUUCUUCAGUGCCACCAGACUCCUUUGGUAAAAACAGUAAUUUUACAUUUCAGAAGACAGGAAUCGCUGGUCUCCUGCCUCCUGCAUCAUAAAGUUAGUUUGUUUUAUUACAAAAUCUCACAAUAACACAAACUAACUAACAGAAGGAGGCAGCAGUAGAGCAGAAACUCCUGUGUUCUGAGAGGUUAAAUCACUGUUUUUGUGAAUGGAGUCUGGUGUCUUUGCUCCAUCUACUGUAGUAAAACACACAGUAUGUAGAAGUACCUCGAACAAACGCACUUCUAAACAUCUGAACUGUCCCUUUAAGGCACUCCUGUGACUCCUGGUUCUCAGAGCAGUAACAUUUGAUUACAGCGAGGGUCAAAGGUCACAGCAGGUAAUAUAAACUAGCUGCAGGAAUGUGAUUAAAGGGUAAAUCCGCACUAAAUCACACAGCUGAUACACCGCUGUUCAUUCAACACGUGUUCUCCGUAUAACAUGACAAUCUUUGGCUUUAAAUAAUCUGUUUUUAUUUUGUUAUAAAAAAAACAUUUUCAACACUU